AGCUGAAAUGCUAGAUGGGGUGGAUUCUAGUCGAAUUCAUGCCAGAUUUUUUGACUUAGCAUCUAAUUCUGAUCGUGAAUUCACACCAAUAAUGGAAAAUAAUAGGACACAAUAUGUAUGCGAAACAUAUCCAUUUCAGUUCUUUGCAGCUUUAGGUGAUAUUAAAAGUUAUUUUCGUGAUACAUCAAAAUAG